ACACGUGCGAUCGCAAAUUGCCAACGCGUAUUGUCCAACAAAGUUCCGCUGCGAGUCCCAGGAAGUUUCUCGCUCAAUUUUUUCGCGGAAGUAGAAUGACGUCAGGAACGACUGAUGACUGAUGGUGAAUGGUGAUGACGCAUCGAUAUCGAUCAGAUCGUACUCUGACAAUCGUCGAGCACUCGGAGAACGGAAAGCAGAGCUCAGGAGAGCUGGCUUUACGCAAAAUUAUGAAAUGAUUGCGCAGCAGUCGUGCGCCCUCGAAAACGAGUCGAGGGCGCAUGAAUAAGCGCUUCUCGCUCGCCGCGCGAUGACAGAAAUGAUAAAAAUCUGCCUCAUGUCGGCCGCCGCGAUGCGCGACCGUGCGAUCUCGCUCACGCGGGCUCGCGGUCGCCGCGAGCGAAGGAAACGGCGCCGGCGAUUGCAUCACCUCGGCAAUUAUGGUGAUCGGCGAAAUUAACGGUGCGGCGCGAUUCGUCCUGCGUGCGCAUCAGGUAAACGACGGCCACCCGUCUGACCCGUCUGCCUGGCGGGAUGACGACAUAACCUUCCGACUUUCCCGAGAUCGAGUUGUCCGCUCGCGCUCGACGGUGCACCCCAGCUGUGUCGCACAUGAGCCAGAUCGCCCACGCGAAUCUUCGUGCGACCGCGUCCGGAGUCUGAGAAAGGGAGCACCGACGAGAAAAACAUGACGACGAGCGACGCUCAGGUGGAAGAGCGCGCGUUAAACGGCGUCGCCGAGGACGAGGACGUCGUGACGCCGUGGACGGUCGCGAGCGUCAACGAUUCCGGGAUCGAUUAUGACAAGUUGAUCAAGAGAUUUGGAAGUUCGAAGAUAGACGACGAGCUGUUAACUAGAUUCGAAAAGAUCACCGGCAAGAAACCGCAUCAUUUUCUCAGAAGAGGCAUAUUCUUCUCCCACAGAGACAUGCACACCAUUCUGAAUCUCUACGAGCAGGGAAAGUUCUUUUACCUGUAUACGGGCAGAGGACCGAGCACCGACGCGAUGCACCUGGGACACCUCAUACCUUUCAUGUUCUGCAAAUGGUUGCAGGACGUUUUCAACGUUCCGUUGGUCAUACAGUUGACGGACGACGAGAAGGCCAUAUGGAAGAACAUAAAGAUAGAAGACGCUAUUAAACUGGCCUACGCUAAUGCUAGAGAUAUCAUUGCCUGUGGCUUCAAUCCCGAGAAGACGUUCAUCUUUUCCAACCUGGAACAUAUAGGAAACAAUUCGGCGUUUUAUCAGAACAUGAUCAGGAUACAGAGAUGCGUCACGUUCAAUCAAGUAAAGGGCAUUUUCGGUUUCGGCGAUAGUGAUCCAAUCGCGAAGAUCGCGUUUCCGCCGACGCAGGCGGCGCCGGCCAUCUCCGGCUCGUUCCCCUUUAUCUUCAAGGACGCUAAGAUACCGUGCCUGAUACCGUGCGCGAUCGAUCAGGACCCGUACUUCCGUAUGACGAGGGACGUGGCGCCCAGACUGGGUUAUCCCAAACCGGCUUUGUUGCACGCGACCUUCUUCCCGGCGUUGCAGGGCUCGAAGACGAAGAUGUCGGCGAGCGACAACAGCACGGCGAUAUUCCUCACGGACACUCCCAAGCUGAUCAAGAACAAGGUCAACAAGCACGCGUUCUCGGGCGGUCAGGCCACGGUGGAGGAGCACAGGCAGCUCGGCGGAAACUGCGAGGUGGACAUAUCUUAUCAGUGGCUGCGAUUCUUCCUGGAAGACGACGAACGAUUGGAACAGAUCAGAAAAGGCUAUACCAGCGGAGAGAUUUUAACGGGUGAGCUGAAGAAGGAGCUGAUCGACGUGUUGCAGCGAUUGGUCGCUGCGCACCAGGAGGCGAAGAGUAAAGUGACGGAUGAAGUAAUCAAGCGGUUCAUGAUACCCAGGGACCUCGGCUUCGUCUCGAAAACGAAGUAACCGUUUAGCAAGCACGCGCCGAAUUACGCGAAACAUUGUUUCCUGGAUAUCUCCCAUUUCUGCUGGAGCUAUCUCUAUUUAGACCUAUUUAUUGCAAUACACGCGCCGCAACUACAGAACACAUUUUAUGAUCUUUUCCAAGCACCGCCUUUGUUGGAGGAUUAAAUUAAUUUUUCUAUCGA